UUUUCAUUAUCUUGAAAACGUUGAAUCGUUUGUUCCAGAAGCUCGAUAUGCACAUAGUGCCACUUUAGUUAAUAAUAAACUUUACUUUUUCGGUGGACAAAUCUCUGAAAUAAAUCAAGGACAAGAGCUUUUCCAUAUUUAUGAUGAAUUAUUUUACCUUGAUGUUUCAAGUUCCUUCAACAUAGAAUCUCCAUCAUGGACGGAUCUUACAGCUUCUAAGAAUGUUCCAGUGAGAAGUUCAUGGUCGACAUCAUCGGUUGGCUUUGGAAUAAAAUCUGAUAAAUCAACUAUUUAUCUAAUUGGCGGUUUUAUGUAUGUCAUUAAUCAAAAUGCCUUAGUUACAGACAUAAUUUAUGCAUUCGAUACCAAAUCUCAACAAUGGAAGCUACCGGUGAUCAAUGGUACGGGACCAAAUAGGCGACGAGAGGUUCAAGCUGUUUCCGAUAAUACCGGUAAAAUUUAUUAUUUUGGUGGAAAAUCCGAUUAUACUACUACAGGAUCUCCAACAGAAAGUGUGACUCGUUAUAAUACUUUGAACAUUUUGGAUACUGCACAAUUAUCUUGGUCGAUUGGUUCUACUAUCGAUGCCCCUUCACCACGUGAGGGUUAUAGUGCAAUCCUUUACACAAAUUUGAUCAUCUAUAUUGGUGGAAGAGAGAAUAGCUACGAUAGUCGACCUUUUCGCCUUGUGAAUAUAAGUCAGAUUCCAGUGUACGAUACUCAAUCCUCAAUGUGGUAUUUAACGACUGUUGGAGGUGCAAACGUAAGCAAUCGCUAUGCUCACUCAGCAAUUUUAGGUAUAACAGUACUUCUUUUACCUGAACAUAAUUAUAUUGAUAUGC